UCUAUUCUUUUUGUUUAUAAUACAGAUUAAACUUUAUUGAUCAUCAGGGUGAAAAACACUGAGGCAAAGUUACCAUUUAAGGGGUGCACAAGGCACUAGGACCUAGGAGAAGUCUCAUCCACCCUGGCAGGAAUUUCUUGCUUGGAGCUCAGACAACAAAGGCAGAGUGAGACUGGUUUUCUUUCUCUCAGCAUCUCCACCCUACGAGCUGAAAACCGCUUCAGAUCUUUAGGGUUCACCAAACUAUGGAACUUGAUUUUGGACACUUUGACGAAAGAGAUAAGACGUCCAGAAACAUGCGAGGCUCACGUAUGAAUGGAUUGCCUAGCCCCACUCACAGUGCUCACUGUAGCUUCUACCGAACCAGGACCUUACAGGCACUGAGUAAUGAGAAGAAAGCAAAGAAGGUGCGUUUCUAUCGCAAUGGGGACCGUUACUUCAAGGGGAUUGUGUAUGCCGUGUCCUCCGACCGCUUCCGAAGCUUUGAUGCUUUGCUGGCUGACCUGACCCGUUCUCUGUCUGAUAACAUUAACCUGCCUCAGGGAGUUCGCUACAUCUACACCAUCGAUGGGACCAGAAAGAUUGGGAGCAUGGAUGAACUGGAAGAAGGGGAAAGCUAUGUCUGUUCAUCUGACAACUUCUUCAAGAAGGUGGAGUAUACCAAGAAUGUCAAUCCCAACUGGUCUGUCAAUGUGAAGACAUCGGCCAACCUGAAAGCACCUCAGUCUCUGGCCAGCAGCAACAGUGCCCAGGCAAGGGAGAACAAGGAUUUCGUGCGUCCCAAGCUGGUGACCAUCAUCCGCAGUGGGGUGAAGCCCCGAAAGGCAGUUCGUGUGCUCCUGAACAAGAAGACUGCACAUUCAUUUGAGCAAGUUCUCACUGAUAUCACUGAAGCUAUAAAACUGGAGACGGGCGUGGUCAAAAAGCUGUAUACCCUGGAUGGGAAACAGGUGACCUGUCUCCACGAUUUCUUUGGGGAUGACGAUGUGUUUAUUGCCUGUGGUCCAGAAAAAUUCCGCUAUGCACAGGAUGACUUUUCUCUGGAUGAAAACGAGUGCCGUGUAAUGAAAGGGAAUCCUCCGACCACUCCAGGCAGCAAGUCGUCCCCAACCCCUCAGAAGAGCUCAGCAAAGAGUCCAGCCCCCAUGCGCCGGAGCAAGUCUCCAGCCGAUUCAGGUAACCAUCAAGACGCAAAUGGAACAUCAAGCAGUCAGCUGUCUACACCCAAAUCCAAGCAGUCUCCAAUCUCCACACCUACCAGUCCAGGGAGCCUCCGUAAGCACAAGGUAGACUUGUACCUGCCUCUGUCCUUGGAUGACUCUGAUUCCCUUGGAGAUUCCAUGUAAAGGAACACAAUGCUAAUUGUCCGUAGUACAAGCUAUGUUUAAGAUACAGUACAGUACUUCUGCCAAAAGAAGCAGAUAGGUGACUGGUACUUUCAAAUCAAAGGACACAAAGUUAUAUGUCAUUUUUUUUCUGUGAUUUAUCCUCCGUGCCACAAAUCGACACCUAUCAACUAAUAGGGAUAGAGUGAUACCAUCCUUCUGAGUAAUUUUAUAGGGAUGCAAAAUGGGCAUUGCCAGCAAUCUGACACCAAUGAUCUCAUGCAUUUCCCCUUUACUUCAAUUUUUUUCUUCUGCUCUAACUUCUUGAGUUUACUAUUGGCUGCAGAAAAGUUGGCAGUUCCCACUAGAAAUACAUAAAUAAAUCUUUCACUGAUCAAUUCUAAAGCUAAAAGAAAACAAAUACUAAUCUCCAUCUUUUCAAAAUGCUGAUGAAUGUUAGCAGCUCUUUGAAAGCAGAUCUGCUUCUAAUUUUGCAUCCCUGGUUUUAGCACUGCAUACUGUCUAGCACCAAUUUCUGUUGCUGAAGGGUGGGCAGAGAGAUGACUUGUUGCUCUGGUAAAAGAUGAUUAAGAUGCCAGCAGAAUGUGAAACAGAGGCGUUUGGACAAGAUUCAGAAAUGAUGCAUAAGACGCUAAGUAAAGUUUUUAUAGCACAGUGAUUACAUUAUCAAUUUAUGCAUUGGGUCAUUUUCUAAUAAAUAAGCAAGCUAUAUAUACAUGUCAGCUGAAUGGUGAACCAGAUUUCUCCUGUAACCCAAAGAUAAUGCUGGCUGAUAUCAAGUUAUUAUAUCUGCCAUAUGGUAUCUCUCUAUCUCUGCUUAUAAUUAAUGCCUUGUAAACAGCCAACACUGAAAACACUGUGAGAAUUUGUUUUCAGGUCUGACACCUUUAGGUCGCUUUUUGUAGCAAGAAACCAAUACACUUUUUAUAAAAAAAAAAAACAAAAAAUCUUGUAUCUGUGUUUUGGGAGGAAGUAUUCAAGCUCCUUCUUUUUUAUAAAAGCUGGUAAUUUUCUUUUGUUUAAAAAACACAUUCAGAAAAAUUUACAAAAAAAAAAGUCAAUUGCAAAACAGUAAUAACUGUGUUUAGAAAUCAUGUCAUCACUGCCAAACAGAAGAGAAGUCAAUUCAAAAUAAUGAAUGUUUUGAUAGUUUUUUUGUAAUGUUUAAACUUUCAUUUUUGGUUUAUACAAUUCAAUAUCCCUAACUAUGGCCAGAUGCUCUAAUUAUAUUACAAAUGGAACUUUGUGAUAUUCAAAGACCGUAUUUUAAGAAACUCAUAUCAGGGGGAAAUAAACUGGUAUGGAAUUUAGAGAAACCUUUCACUUUUAUUAAUUACUAAUGACUCCUGCAGGAUGCAAAGUUCAUGUAUUUACAAAAUGCUGGUGGUUUUUACCAUGCUUAGGCUUUACUAGCAUAGGUUAGUUCUUUUAGUGAAUCUGACUACUACAAAACUUUACCUGGGUACAAAAGAGAAAAGGAGUACUCGUGGCAAAUUAGAGACUAACAAAUUUAUUUGAGCAUAAGCUUUCAAUGAAGUGAGCUGUAGCUCACGAAAGCUUAUGCUCAAAUAAAUUUGUUAGUCUCUAAGGUGCCACGAGUACUCCUUUUCUUUUUUGCGAAUACAGACUAACACGGCUGCUACUCUGAUACUUUGGUACAGUACAUGCAAACAAACCUUUUGUUGUUGUGGUUUUUGCUUUUACUUUUACUUUGUUUCAGCAGAUAUGCAGAUUAUUUUAUGUCCUUGAAAUCCCUUGUCAUUAGAAUGAAUUAUGAAGUUGUGAUAUUGGAUGCUACACGAAUGCUUGGUAAUAGGAUGACACCAUUUUGUUCCUUCAUUUGUGCCGGGAUGCCAUUCCAUAUUUUUUGUUUUUUCCAUUGCUACCAUUAACACUCUGUACUGGCUGAAUCUUUUAGGUUCAUAUGAUGAUGUGUAUAAUGCAAGGUGUUUAAAAAAAAAGAGCUGCGUGUGAGAUGAUCCAAAACAAACAUUGGAGUUACCCAAAGGUUUGAGUUAUUUUGCACCAAAUUUGCACUUACAGUCUUGAGCCCACAAUUAUUUGCAUCCACAAUUUUUCAUGAGAAAUCAUUUGUUCCCACAAAAAACUUAAUUUAAAUGUGUAACCCUCUGACCACUUUGGGGUUAAGCGCCCAUUUGACCUAUUGUAUUAAGGUAUUUGACUUCAAUUCAGAUGGAUGAAGGUUCAUGUUCCUUCCUGGUUAAAGCUCCUUGUUGUGGAAGGACAGUUUUGUGAACGAAGCACAGGAGUGUUGUCAGACGAUCUUAGUUCAGCUCUUGGCUCUGCCAGAUUUGGUGUAUGAACUGGAGCAGGUCUCUUAGUUUCUUGGUGCCUCAAUAUAUUUAUCUGUCAAAUGAAGAUAAUAACUGCUCUAUUUGACAGGGGUUUGUGAGGCCAAAUGUCCAUUAAUGUUUGUAAAGUGCUUUCAGACCCACUGAUGGAAGAUGCAACAUAACUGCGAGGUUUUUCUAUUUGUGGACACAAACCUAGUUAUUUUAACAAAUUUAUUAGAGCAUAAGCUUUCGUGAGCUACAGCUCACUUCAUCGGAUGCAUCCGAUGAAGUGAGCUGUAGCUCACGAAAGCUUAUGCUCUAAUAAAUUUGUUAGUCUCUAAGGUGCCACAAGUACUUCUUUUCUUUUUGCGAAUACAGACUAACACGGCUGCUACUCUGAAACUAGUUAUUUUAGGGGCUGAUGGUUGGGUGUAUGAUCCUGUGGAUGCUAUUUUAGAGACCAUUCUUGAAAAUAUGGCUCUUUAAGUAUAAGGGCAUCAUAGAACAAAUUAUUUAUGCCAACAAUACUACUGACUACAGCCUGUGUUACACUGAGAAGUCAAAUUUACCUUUGGAACAAUAGAAACUGACUUCCUCUUAUCUUCUCUAUUGGGAAUCUUGAAGAUCCCCACCACCAGUUUUUCCCAGGGCCUUUGUAAAGGGUCUGCACUGAAUGGUAGCCAUCAUCCUACCUGUUAAAGAUGACUGAGUAGUUCUCCAGUGACAAUGAUGCUUCUUAAUGAGGCAGAGGAGUGGUCACUUGAGUGACACAAGAUGCUCCAACCCCAUCCAUGGUCUGAGUGUCUUGCCAUUCAUCUCCCAAUCCCUGUCAGUUUAGGAGGCAGGAGAUUAGCACCAAAAAAUAAAUCUGGGACUUCCUUAUAGCAGUUCAGAACACUUAUCAAUAGCUCACUGGGGAAUCCAAGUCUCUUAUAUCCAUAAGCAGAUAUGAGUCAUAUUACUGACAGCAGUACAGUACAGUGCUUAAAGAUGCAUCGGAAAACUCAGUUUCUUUUCUCCAGGAUCUGUCAAAAUCAGUUUGCAUGAGACAAAGCAGGAACCCAAAAACUGAAUGGAACUUUGGGCAACCCACUAUAUGGAUAGCUGAAGCAGAAGUAGAUAGUUUUCCAUCUGCCACAAACAGUGCUUAGAUAAUAAUUUUUUUAAAAACCAACAAAAAAAAAACCCUGCUAGUCUGCUAGUGGAAUUUUCUAAAGAACUGUUACAGGCAUUGUUUGUGAAUUGCACUUAAAGUGACAUGUCUAAGAACUUGAUCCUGCAAAUAUUCACUCAUGGGAGGAGUUUUGCAUGCUCAAGGACUACUCACAUGAGGAAGGGUUCUGCAGGACUGAGCCUGAUUAUCAUUUUUGAGCACAAACUGCCUCAGAAAGGAAAUUUACAGAGGCCUAAUAGAAGAAAGCAUUUUCUUCAGAGGGAAAAUAAUAGCUAUUCAGCUGAGCAAAAGCCACAUGUAAAACGGGGUAAGAGAUCAGACUCACAGGUUUAAAAUGCAUUUUUCCAGGUAGAGAUCAGUGAGCAUUUCAGAGGCAACACAUAGGUAGACUGUAUGAAUGCUGAUAUUGCAUGAGAACUUGUACAGAAAUGCAUGUGGAAUAGCGUCCAUACGGUGCUAGGCUUCUUCCAGGAUCCCUGGAAUAUAAAAAGAAAAGAAUCAGAGACAGCAUACUAUAGUAAUUUCAAUAUAUGGAUGGCCCUGAUUCAGGAAAGCAUGUAUGCAUGUGCUUAUUUAUAAGCAUGUGCUUAAAUCCCAUUUACUUCCAUGGGACUUAAGCACAUGCUUAAGUGCUUUUGGAAUUGCGAUGAAUUAUGAAUUACUUGUAGCACACUACUGCAGCAAUUCCAGUCAAAUUGAGUUACUUGGAUCAGACCAUAGUAAUGCCAUGAUAAACUUCUGAGUUCACUUCUAAUUUUGUUCUUCUUUUACAAACACACAAAACUCCUCAGGAUAUAAGGAUUUGCCAUAUUCUAUUAUAAAAGCGCUGUCUGAUUUCCCAUAUGAGGCUGUUUUAAGUGUUUUCAGAGACUGAGUCACUAUGAACUCAUUGUUUAAAAACUAUACAUGAAGGAAUCGUAAGCAUUGUGUAUUACAUAGCUCUAUCUGUAAUUUACACUGUGCCUGGUCUAUUGCAGUGUCUAUAUAUAUUAAGCAGUAUGUAUGCAUAUUUCAAGGCAUAUCCACAUUAAGGAGGAAUUAGAGCAAUGUCAGUGGCAGUUUUGUUUGUAGAAGAUCAUGCCCACAGAGUAUUGCAUCAAAUUAUAGAUCCUUCUGAAACUUUUUGUUAAUAUCGGAAUCCUAAAGUGUAUGGACCAGUCCUUCUGCUCGUGUGAAUUGUGGAGCAACGCCAGCUCUAUCAGCAGAGCAGCUAAUCUAAUCUCCGAUUUACGUACAUGAAGCCCCUAAGGUAGACUUUAAAAAUUUCAGUGAUUUGGUUUUAAUUUGGCACAUUGUUUGUGAUGGGAUGUCAGACUUCCUUCUGUCCUAAAAGUGUCUGCAUUCCUAACAUCUGUAAAUUAAGCAUGAUCUUUUCCAGAGCUAGGAGCUCUAACUGUGUUACCCUCGGUGAGAUCAGAAAAAUUAGUUUAGCUCAGCUGCCACAUCACUCUUUCACUGUGAUCUGUCUGUCUCUCACAAACACACACCGGCUGUGGUUUACCCUUGUUUCAGUCUUACAAUUUUUGAAUGGGAAAAAGGGAGAGGGAAACAAAAAGAUAUUGGUGCACAACCAAACAAUGUUAAAAUAAGUUAUUUUUAAUAUGGAAAAAGUGGUGUAAAAAGUAUGUUCCCCUUUAAUAUUAUAAAAUAUAGGACCUUUUACAAGGUGCUUUGGUGGCUGCUCCUUAUUGUCUUUGACCUUAGAAAUGACAUCCUGUUACAUCACAUGAUAGCUCCUGACAUUGCUCUUUUUGGGCCUUACAAUAUCCUUGCUUACUUGCAACUCCAUUGACAGACAUCAGUGGAAGUCAGGUUCUCUAUUCAAGGGUACAAUAUGACUCUUAAAGUUCAAUCUUUCUUCUGUUAAUGUCAAUAAGAGUUUUGACAUUUACUUCAAUGGGAGCAUGAUAGGGUCCUUAUAUCUAUCCUUCACCCACUGAAGUCAAUGGAAGUGAUGCCAUUAACUUGAAUAGGAGUAGGAUCCACCCUUACAGAAAAUAAAUAAGGAAAUCAAAAAUUAGUAAGUGAAAUACAUGAAAAUAUAGUAUAGCCACAGAGUAAUCUGAAACUGCACAUGGUGUAGUCUCCCCCAUGUAUUAACUAUCAAAUGUAGGUAAGAGGGAACAAACAAGUUUCUUUCUUUUAAUGGACAUUUUACACGUUUUGAAAGUGAUGAAUAUUAAAGUUAUUUUUGUGGUUGCUAAUCCAAUAUUAAAGAUGACUGGAAGCUGCUUUUCAGGCUCCAUGAUGUCAUCUGUAUUUGGGAGCUAGAUGGCUCAAAGUGUUUGCAAAUGAGACACAGAACUUUUCACCACUAGGUUGAGAUUUAAGCCAAUACAAAGAGCCAGGUGUGUUUGCAGUGGGGCACAUGAUUCAUUAGUGAUAACCUAGAAAUGAUACAGUUAGCACUAAGUCUGUGUGUAGUGAGACCAACUCAUUAUUAACUCAUUAAGUGCCGUCCAGCACAUCUCUUCGGAUUUCAGAAACACUUGCUAAUAUUGAAAAGCCCAAUAAGGUAUAAGUGUGAACUAGCAGCCAAGGUACGCUACCUGAAUCUGGAGUCUGCUGAGAUGAUUAUUCUGCUUCGUAUUUAUUUAGCUGGGUCUGGGGUAGCACACUGUGAAAAUGAUGGUAUAGUUUAUCACAGAUUCAUUCUGCCUGGUGGUACUGAUGCACUCUCAGAGCAUGUCCAUGGGUUUGGGAGACCUUCUCAGUGGUGACUCAGGAAUGAGAUGAAGCUGAAUCCUGUUUUUCUGAAGGCAGGCUGCUGGGCAUGUAUUAGGUAGGAUUAGAGGGUUCUUGCUGCUCCAGUCAUGGAUCCUGUUGUUGGGUCUUCUUGCUCCCCACCACCUCCCACUCCCAUUUUUCUCCUGGCCUUGGCUCUGGUAUAUCUUGUAACAUGUGUCUUCAGUUGUAAAGCUGGGUGUGGGAUUCCUAUAACUCUGCCUUUUUCUCUGAACACUUUAAGAUCUGGCCGUUCAGAAUUUGAUUGAUGGCUCUGGUAAAGAAAUCUUCAUCUUCCGAUCCGUCAGGAGUUGUGCUGGCAAAACACCAUAUGCUAAUGGUGUAGCUGUAUGUGCUAAGAGACCCUAAUGUGGUUCUUGAGCCUUUUUUCCUUAGAGCUUUUAUUGUAACAACUGCUCUUUCAUAUUCCCCAUUUGGGGCAGGAAAUGAGGACCGUUAAUUGUUUGGUUAAGGUAACAAGGCCUGGCUCUUUUUUAAAGUAAGACCACUUUAGACUGUUCUGGUAGUGAGGAAGAGCCUCAGAGUGAGAGUAAAUUAUGCUUGUACCCAUUGUGAAGCCCUUUUGCACUGCCAGCAUGGUGUAAGGUGACCUUAAGGUAAAUGAGACACAAGCCCAUAUUCUUAGCCUAGUGGAUAGAGCACUGGGCUGGGAUUCAGCAGACCUGGGUUUUAUUUCCAGCUUUUCCAUGGGCCUGCUGGGUGACCUUAGGCAAGUCACUUCUCCUCUUGAGCCUCAGUUUCUGCAUGAUGAACAGGGCUGUUGAAGAACUAGGGAUUAUUUGUAUUUAUUAUGUAAUGAAGUCCGCAAACUGCACUGGAGUGAACCCACAUGAUCCUUGGCAAAAGUUUCAAGAACUCAUUGUCAUGUGAACAUGGUUUUUAAUCUGUUAACCCAUGUGUGGAUGAGUUUGCUGGCAGAUUAGCCUCUUUCACAUAUUGGGAAUGGGAAGCUACCGCUACUCUCCUGGUGGUGUUUUUUAAGUUACAUAGGUUGGUGUUUAUCGGCUGCCUUUGUCUUUCUCUCAGCUCUCUGCUCUAAUCGACACUGUGCUUCUUUUGCGCAAAUUACACAGCUUUCCACCAAGUCCAUUUUGACUGUCCUGGACACCGGACUGUUUGAUGGGCUCUAGCGCUGCACUUUAUUACGUCUUUGUGAUCUUAAUGGAUCUUUCCAAGCCUUUCCACCCUUUGAUCUUCUGGUCUGAUGAGCCUCUGUCCUUUUAAGAGCAGACCAUCAACUAUAUUGAUGCCUCAUUUGUAUUGCCAGUAUUGUAGGAGCUGUUCAGGAAUUGCUCCUUUCCUUAGCCUGCCUGUCUCUGCCUAUCCGCUUAAGUAUUGGCAAGUCUUAGGACCUUUGUUGUACUUGCUCAGUUUGGACUGGGUAGCUGGGAAGCUUUGACUUAUCUGGUCUAUAUACAGCUUGAGUUCUAUUAAACAUUCUUCUUUCAUCACUGGGCUAUGUGGGGAAACUUUGGAGAGAGCAUCUGCCCACACAAGGCUUAUGCUGGGAAUGUGCACUACUGUGUAGCUGAAGAGAAGUCAGUGCAGGUGGAAUCUCAGUAUUCAGGAGGGUGGCUCAUGCUGGGUCUUCAACCACAGCAGGAGCUCAAGAUAGGAGAUUGUCAUAAGCAAGGGAGACUGAAUAACAGACAAAGGAAAAUAAAGGAAUAAUGACACUAGACCAGGGGUGGCCAACCUGUGGCUUCGGAGCCACAUGAGGCUCUUCAGAAGUUAAUAUGCGGCUCCUUGUAUAGGCACCGACUCCAGGCCCGGAGCUACAGGUGCCAACUUUCCAGCAUGCUAGGGGGUGCUCACUGCUCAACCCCUGGCUCUGCCACAGACCCUGCCCCCAUUCCACCCUUUCUCACUCCCUCCCCUGAGUCUGCCGUGCCCUCACUCCUUGCCCCUCUCCCCCCAGAGCCUCCUGCAUGCCACGAAACAGCUAAUCGGGAGGUGCAAGGAGGGAGGGGGAGGCACUGAUUGGCGGGGCUGCUGAUGGGUGGGAGAUGCUGGGAGCAAGUGUGGAGGGAAGCUGAUGGGGGGAUGCUGACGUGUUACUGUGGCUCUUUGGCAAUGUACAUUGGUAAAUUCUGGCUCCUUUUCAGGCUCAGGUUGGCCAUCCCUGCACUAGACUGUGUUUUCCCACUCAUGAAUGGUGUCUUGUGUGGACCCAAUUCUGGCAAGGGAGAAUGGGGUGGAAAUUGUCCACAUGACUUCUGGCUCUAUCAAAACUCUUGGAGAGUCCAGUAAAUCCAACAGAAACUGCAGAACAUCAUUUCAGGUGUCACGUAGGGCAAUGGCCCAAACCCACAGCCAGGUCCCAAACUCCUGCUUCUGGGCUUUGUGGGGCUGCUGCUUCUAGCCAGAAGAUAAUCACAUGCUAACCAAUGUUUGCAAUGUGCAUGUGUGCCUGUUUGGGGCCCAUUUGUGCUACUAACCAAAAUUUGGGCCCUGCGUUUGUAAACAAGGAGCAAGCUUCAUCUCUGUAACUCUGGUGAUUUCAAGGGCCUUAUGCCAAGCAGACAGUGGGCUGGUUGUUGAAGUGUUACUGGUUUGAGAGCCGUUUAUUGGUAAAUCUCUUCCUGGGAAAGGCUUGUCUUUCAUCUUUUCUCUUAACAUCUUUAGCAGGGCUUACACAUUCCUGCUCCCAUUCCCUUGCACAGUGAACAGGAACUCAAAAUUCUGCAGCGAGUUUUAAAACUACCCCAGGUUUGACAGUUUUCAGUGUAACAGUUGCAGCAGGAGGAUUCCCAAAGGGAAUGAACACUUUGUAGCAAUUAGAGUCUGACAACUGAAAAAGAAAGUUGGCAGCAUUAGAGAAAGAUGCAGUGAUGGUCAAUGUCCUGGGAAACAAAGAAAGGAGACUCAUUUCCGAGGGGCUAGCAGGGAGUAUUUGUUAGGAAGUGUUUACUGAGCGGUGGGAUAUGAGUGGGAACUUCAUUGUAAUACCAAAUCAAAUGGAAAGGAAUACAUGAGACAGAGUGGUGGAAAUGUCAGUCUUUGACACAUGCAGAAAUAUAAAUAAAGAGGGUGGAGAAAUCAAGAAUAAUAAACAAAAGGGAAAGCCGUGGGUAGCUGAGGAUGUACAGCUUGGCUCUGGGCUGAAAGCCAGCAGGGGGUCCAUGGCUGUGAGUUGUUAGAGUGCUUCACCAAUGCCUAAACUGGAUUGCAGCCUAUCCGUUGUGACAAUUAGUGUCCCUCUCCUCAUCACAGAAAUAAGGUCAUACUUGGCUGUGGGCAGAAGAACUUGAUUUGAAAUUCUUUUCCUUCCCCGUCCCUCUUUUCCGCUGGCACAUGAAAGUCUGCAACAUCUUUGAAAGAGGGGGGAAACUGCAACCCUUUGUCGAGUGACAGCCCAGCCUGUGGUUUUGUUUUAUUUUUAUUUUUAUCCCUCUGCAUUGGACUAGAAAUAGAAAUGCAGCAGCACCGCCUGGUUCCCGAAAGGACAGGCUGAGUGCUUUGCAGAAGGAAGUUGCAAGAGAGGCAAAAAAGGGUAAUGAGGGCAUGUCAGAUCCUUCCCCAUGGAACCCAGCAAACUAUGGCAAAACAAAGGCAGGGCAGGCCACUCUAGUCAGGAAAGAGCCAUUGCAUCCUCCUGAGGGAAGAGAAUCUAGUUUUAUUAUCUUGUAAAGCUGUGCAGAACUGAACUGUUGAGGUCUUUGACCUGCUGGUCUUGUUCACUGAGUCACUGGCCACACAUGCAAACAGUUCAGCUCACCUACUCUGACCCCUUUCACCAGGAAAUGUGAAUUAAUAUAGAGUCAGAUUCUGCAGUGCUUAUUCACACUGAGCAGUGCCUUACUCCAUAAAGAGUCUCACUAAUUUCGAUAGGGCCGCUAGAGAAGCAAGGCAGUCCUCCGUGAUCUUGGGAUAGUAUAAUCUUGCCCAUUGCUUCCUGCGUUCAAUCUGUCCCAGGAACUUCAAAGUAUCGAUGCUAAUUUUUCUGCAGUGAUUUAUUUGGGGAGGGGUUGUCUUAUGUAGUAGCAAAUUGUUUUAUCAGUUCCAAUACCAUUAUUUUAGGGCCAGUUUCUCUUUCCCUUUCUCUUGUGUAGAGGCACUUUACUCCAUUAGUAAUCCCAUUGGCUCCAAUGGCACCACUUGUGGAGUCAGGUGCUAGUCUAGCUCUGCCAAGGUAUCCCAAUCUGGCCCAUAGAAAGUGGGAGUUCCCUUUUGUGAAGCUUCUGGUGGGAUUGCUAUCUUGUUGUUGAGUUUCAAGCUGUUGCCUCUUUGUUGUGUUGGGAAGAAAGGGGCAGAGCCUUUCAGUCACACAGGUGUCCAUCUUGGCCAGGCCUGUUUGUAGUUUCUUGGCUUAAAAAAGAAGAAGAAAUGUAAACAAAAGUGAGUUUCAAAAUGUGUUGUGUACCAGAUAUUCUCUGGCAUACUGAUAUCACUUUUAAAUAUCUAUCUUCCUCACCAUUCAUCACUGCCGUAUCGAAACACCUGGAGUUACAGCUAUUGCACCUAAUACAUUCAGGAGAAAGCACGGCUAGAAGGAACGAUAUGCAAAUAGGACCAAAUUUGCAGCUGGUGUAACUCCUUUAACUUCAAUAGAGUUACAACAUUAGUGAAUUUAACUAUCACAUCCAGGUCCAGUUACUUACUCAGGUAAAACUCCCCUGGAUUUCAGUGGGAGGGUUGUUGUUUUUUUUAAACAAAGAUUGCAGGAUUUUGUGUAGGAGAUUCUACAGUAAAGACACAAUAUAACACUUGACCAUAUGAAACCCAACAGAGUAGAUUCUCUGCUGGCACAAAGAGAUAAAAACUCCAUUAAAGUAAAUGGAGCUGAGUCCAUUUAUGCCAGCAGAGAUGUUGGUCUUAUGAUUCAAAGACUGGUUGCUGUAAACAAUCCCUAUUGUGAAUAUUUAAUUGCUGGGUCAAUUUCCAGGAUUAUUGUAGCAGAAUUCAUGUUGGAAACUCCAGAUUCCAGAUAGACAAUAGUCUCUCUCCCUGUAUGCAUCUGUAAUACCUGUAUCUUAAAUGUUAUGUGUUGGUUUUAUUGUGGCUAGUGAUGAGGCAGCUGAAAUGGUUCCAUUCCGUUAAGCAUCCAUCUGAACAUCAGGCUGGGAAUCUCAGAAAAUCCGGCCCUCUCAUAAGUUUUCGGGUUCUAAGGAAAGCUGAAUCUACUGAAGGCCUGAUCCACCAGUGACAGGAGUUCAGGGCCCAAAGGGUUUGCAGGAUGGGAAAUAGCCUCUCUCUCAGUGUUUCUAUUCCCAGUCCUAGCUGCAACCAAGAAGAAUGGAGGUUUAUGGGUUUGUUGGUUUGUUUUUAAAAAAAGAAAAGGUGCUUUCUUUUUACCAGAUGUUUUUGAACAUGAGAAAGAGAGUUCAGGUUUGUUUCAUUUUAAGUUGUCGGGUAAACUUGAGGCUGGUUCUGAUUUUAUCCAAAUUGGUUGGUCCAUCUCUAUUUGCAGCCAAUAAUUCCUUUAGUUUUAUGCAGUAAAAGGUUAUUGUCUUCUUUCAAAGAGUUGUUUAAACAUUUCAGAUAUCCCAGAGCUGGAUCCCUGACCAGGUAGCAGGACUCAGUCUGGGUAGAGCUCAGUCUGCAAGAAGGCUGUGUCCCUUUGGGAUUUGCCAUGAUUAUGAUGAGAGGAGGAUGGUUCAUUUGGCACAUGAAGUCAUAACUGGAUACGGUGGCAGCAAUAGGUAGAGAGGGACCUGAAGCUGGUCCUGAAAAUCCUUAUGUUUCAGGGACGUCCAUAUCCAGAGCCAAACUAAAGAGAUGACUCUAUCUCUAUAAUAGGCCAAACUGAAAUCUUCCAUCUGGGUACCUCUGAACAUUGAGGAAGUCCAGAUUCAGAUCAAAAUUUCAAGUCUGAGGCCAAGUUCUAGGCCUAUAUAGGUUCCCUCUGAAAAAAUUACAGCCAUGUCUUGUAAAAUUCCACCGUAGCUGAUUCCUGCCUCUGUUACUAACUGUAGGACAGCAGUCAUGAUGGGUCAAUAUUCCACUUGACACUGCAGGUAGCAAUCUAAAUAUUGCGGGAUUUCAGCCUCCCUCACAUGUUAUGCGCCCAGUAAUGUCUCUGGGGUACUUGCAAAGCAGUACAUCUUUAACAGGUUCUUUUUCUUUUCUUUGCUAUGGAAACUCCUUCAGAUUUAGUGUAAUGUCUAAUAAUGUGUCCGUUUGAAAAGAAGAAUGUUUAGGGAAAUAAUUGCACUGUUAAUCAAUUGGUGUCUAUAGAUAACAUGAAGCAGAAGUAUUGAAUGUAAGAACAAGAAAGCCUAUGAGUAAUUACAGUACAUGCCGGAUUCUGACGUGUAAAUUGUUGUUAGUUCUCUUGUCAUUUAAACUACAUGUGAUCAAGCAAAUUUCUCACUGUGGCACUGCUAGUUCAGGUGCGACUGUCAGUUUAGAAGACAACUUGAGGCCUCUUCGGAAGAGGAAACCUAUCUAGUUGAAUCUCCUUCUAUUCUGUGAAAUAAUGAUACAAUUUGGAAGUCAAAGACAUGCUUUUCACUUCUUGGUGCCCUGUAUCUUAUAACACUAUAUAGUCUAGAAGCACAAGAAAAGAGUACCAGCUGGAUGUCUUUGUUAUUACUAGCAUUUGCCUAUUUUCUUAAUCGCAAGAUACAAUAAACCAAUCUCAUCAAGUAAACUCCAGGUUCUUCAUGCCACUAUUAUCUGAAGAACGUGUAUUACCUUCACUCUUUACCCUGAACUUUGCAGUGCUUCGGUAGGCUGCAAUUGUGUUGAGAAGUAAAUUGUGCUACUGGAGGUGUGCAGCUGAAUUGGAACCUGAUCAUUGAUUACUGUCUUAUGUCAUUUAUUGAUUUUGUAUCAUUUCAUCAUUAAUAACAAAGCUGCAAUAUAAUAUAACCAAGAGGCCAUAAUGUAUUUUCUGAUGUUAUUCAGAUGUGGCGGGUGGGGAGGGGAAAGAAGGGGCUGAGUUUAAAGUUUAGCUGGCAUACUUUAAACUCUCUGUACAUAACCUUUGAGGACAUGACAGUUGUAGGGGUUGCGCUGUAUUUUGCUAGAAUGGUAAACUUCUUUUCGUUUUGUUUAAAUAGUGAUGUAUUUAACUAAUGACAUGUUGUACAAAGCAUUGUUAAUUUAAUGGAUGUUUUUAUUUUCCUGUAACAGAUCCAUAUAACAUUUCAUUUUGGCAAGAACUUUUCAUAAGCCAGCACCAGUAUUGUACACAGCAUUAAGUUGACUUGUCAUGCUUUUUUUUUGUGGGGGGGGGGAUUUUUUUUCUUCAGACAAAUAGCAUUACCCAUUGUUAACUUACUGCUUGGGGCUAUAUCUUGAAUUUCCUUUUAAAAUGAAAUUUAAUUUAAAGUUGCCUAUGAGGGAUAUGAACAAGCAAGAGGCUAUGCCAAAAUGUCUCAAUUGUAUCAUCUUGUAAUAUAUUGCAGCUUUAUGCCAAUGAAUCCUUGCUUAUCUGUACACGGUACAUGCAUGUUUUGAACUAAUUCUGCAUUCUCCAUUUGUGGUGAGUUACUUAGCAUUUUUACCACCUUUUGUGCCAUUCAACUUGUACAGAAAACAUUUUUAUUGAUGUUUUAAAGGGUACAAAAAAAACUUCUGCUCUAUAGCUGUAGGUAGAACUCAAUUACUUAGCUAACAGAUGUAAAUUAGUGGUUGUAGUAUUAGAAGUGCUAGGUUGCUAGUGAACAAGCUUUUGAGAGUAAAUGCAUGGUAUUGUACAUCUCAUUUCUUAAUUAACUCUUCCUUUACCUCUGAAAAGAAGGUUCUCUCUUUCUGUCUUUCUCUCUGUCUCUCACUCUCUCAUGGUUGUAAGUUACAGAUUUGGGCAUAAGUAAAAUAAUAUACAACAAAGUUUGAAAAGCAGUUGUCAGCAGGUUCUCCUGAGUAUAUGUUACGUAUCAAAGAACAAUGCCUUUGGCACUCUGAAUAGACACUGGACUUUAAAGUAAAACAGAUAAAGAUCAGUCACAUAUUGUCUUUGAUUGAACUGUACAAUUAGUUAAAUAUUCACAAGAUCACAUCAUUAGUAAAAGAUGUGAUCUUAUUUACCCAUUUCAACAGAGGCCUUAGGCAUGUGAUGUAUUUGCAAAUCAUUAUGCCCCAUACAUGUCUGUUUUUAAUGGAUGUAGUCCCAUAGGUCUGGAUUUGCAGAGUUUGCAUAUGCUCUUUGAUUUUACUGAAUAUUCAGUGGAAGGUCGGGGGAUGAAAUUGUGUUAGGAGUUCUGAAAAUACCUCCUCCUCUUCCACAUGCACAGACUCUGAUUUCAAUUUACAGGGUUUCUUUGGUAGUUGUGUCUCCAUUUGCAACAGAGGACACACAACAUUAAAAGUUUGGAAAAUAUGGGGCCACUUACAAAGAUGGGGUUUGUUAGAAACAAAGGAAACAGACAUGAACAACCCCCCCAAAACCUAUCAGUCCUAGAUCUGUGUUUCUAUCCCUCAUGCCUCUUCUCUCUUAGCAGUAUUUCCUUUUGUUAGAAGACUUAACGUUCUAGCCCAAAUUUCCAUUUUUGUGAGGUGUUGUGAACUGUUUUUACUUGUAAUAAUCAUCCCAGAUCUGAUAACACUUGUAAUGCAAUGCCAUGCAGCAGAGAACCUGUCCACUUUAUAGCUUUGCUCUCAAUAUUUGUUACUCAUUCUUUUCUCAUCUAAAUGUACAUUUGCAAGAUGUGUGUAUUGUCACUUUCAAAAAAUAAAAUUUGGUUUCAAUAUUUAGGCUGAUAAAA